GUCUCUAGCGUCUUCAUAGUCUGUUUCUAUAAGUUUAAAUAACAACUACUUAAAUAACAAAUCUGGUGCCAAAAGAUGGAGAGAAUUUUAAGAAAGUGUCAAAUCAGGAAUCGACUCGUCCGUGAGUGUUUGGCUGAAUGUUUAGGUGUCUACAUCCUCAUUUUGUUUGGAUGUGGUUCAGUUGCCCAGGUCACUACCACGCAAAACCAGAAAGGGCAGUAUCUCUCCAUAAACCUGGGCUUUGCUUUGGGAGUUACAUUUGGGGUUUAUGUCUCACGAGGAGUGUCAGGCGCCCAUUUGAACCCAGCUGUUUCCCUGAGCCUGUGUGCUCUGGGCCGACACUCCUGGGUCAAACUCCCUUUCUAUGUUUUCUUCCAGUUUCUUGGGGCUUUUCUGGGAGCAGCAACUGUAGCUCUGCAGUACUAUGAGGCCAUCCGAUGGUACAGCGGAGGAGAGCUGACGGUGAGCGGCCCCACAGCAACAGCCGGGAUCUUCUGCACCUUCCCCGCUGAGUACCUGAGUGUGUGGGCAGGCUUUGUGGAUCAGGUGAUAGGCACGGCCGCACUGCUCCUCUGCAUUCUGGCACUUGGGGACAUGGGGCAGGGCUCGAUCCCCACCGGUAUUCAGCCCAUCCUAGUGGGGGCAGUAGUGAUGGUCAUAGGGGUCUCCAUGGGCUCCAACAGUGGAUACGCCCUGAACCCGGCCCGCGACUUAGGGCCCCGACUGUUGAUAUACUUCAUAGGUUGGGGAGAAGAUGUAUUUAAGGCUGGAGGAGGGUGGUGGUGGGUGCCUGUAUUGGCUCCGUGUGUGGGGGCGCUGCUGGGGACUCUGGUCUAUGAGAUCAUGAUCGAAGUUCACCAUGAUCGAAAUUUAAAAGCAGCAUCGUCCUGUGAGGUAGUGAGUGAAGGCAGGAGCACUCUGGAGAUGGAGGAACCUGACCAAGGAAAACCUGUUUAGACAAAUCAUAUAUUAAAAAAAAAAACACUUGAAAAAGACUAUAAUGGUCAUCCACAGUCUAAACAACUCUAAUCAUAAAGAUGGAUCAUGUAUGUAGCAUAUUUAUUGCUCAUUGUUUUGUUUUUGUACUUGUGACAGAAAUGUGUGGAUUUAUGUUGUGAAGAAAAGAUUUCUGUCAUAGUCUGUCUUUAUGUAAAUUAAUGUGAUUUCUACCCGAGACCCAGACCAGUCAUUAACAUACAUGAAGCUCAGCAGACACAAUUGUCUCCACCCUCUUUUUUGAUCAGGCAGUGUAAACAUACAUUGCCGGACCAAAAAAAAA